AUGACAACUGACAGCACGACUCCUGUGAGCCCCGGUAGAUUAGGAAACAACUGGAAAUUCUCUCCGUGUUCGAUUGCCUUUUUCAAAUCAUUUCUCAUCAACAUUACUUGCACACGACAAAUCAACACAAAGAAACGAGAGCUCCCAGCACCCCCUCCCGGUCAUCGUGCAGGCGAAGUCCUGAGCCGAGACGAACAGUGUCGACUGGCAUUUCAAAAUCCUAGCAGUUAUUUCUGUGAGGAUGACCAGGAGGAUUCUGGCGGCAUUGAGGAACUAUGUAGAGGAAUGCAAUGCUUUGACCCUAAGUCGCUGGAGUGUGAAUAUACCAUGGCACAAGAAUAUACCCCGUGUGGUAUCAAUAAG